AUGGCUAAGAUCGUAGCUUUCGCUUCCUACAAGGGAGGCACCGGGAAAACCACACUCGCAUACAACAUGGUGGAGCGUGCCGGAGCGGCCGGGUUGCGGGCAUGUCUGUGCGACUACGACCCUCAGCACGUGGCCGCCGGGUUCGAGAGGGUGCGACGCGACCAGAUGAGCUGUGGGCGGCUGUCCCCGGACACCCCGGCGCUGGACGUCAUGGCUGCGGACCUGGGGCCGGAUAUGCUGGAGCGCUUGGACGCGCUGCGCAACAGCCCUUAUAAGCUGGUGAUAUGCGAUCUACCGGGAGCGGCGAACUUCAAUUCCACCCGGUUCCUGGACAGUGUGGACCUGAUAUUGGCGCCCAUCACGGCCGGGCCCGGCGGACCUGUUGGUGGCGGACGAAUUCGUCUGGCACAUGAAACGGGUCCAGUUGGAGCCGGUCUUCGUUCCCAGCCUGGCUCCGGUGAUCAAUCGGCGGCGGGAAAUGAUGCUGAAAGCAGUGGCGGAACGGGGUUUGCCGGUGUGUGA